UUACCCCGUGGAUCUGGGAGACUGGACGCAGCAAGGCCAUUUCUAGUGUUCCCAUUCACCUUAGCAUAUACUCUCCCGAUGCUGACAACUUGACACUGAUUGAUCUUCCAGAGCUUACAAAAGUUGCUGUUAAUGGACAAUCUGAAAGUAUAGUGAAGGGCAUUGAAAACGUGGUCCGGUCCUACACUGAAAAGCCUAACCGCAUCAUUUUGGCAAUUUCCCCUGCAAACCAAGAUCGUGCUGCCUCAGAUCCGAUUAUAAUUUCCCGUGAAGUUGAUCCAUCUGGGGAGAUAACAUUUGGUGUCUUGAAAGAUAUUGAUCUUAUGGACAAGGGGACCGAUGCAGUGGACAGGUUAGGGAAGUCUUCAGUCCUGGAAAGCAUAGUAGGAAAGGACUCUUUACCACGUGGAUCUGGUAUAGUUACUAGAAGGCCCCUUGUCUUAAAGUUGCAAACGAUUGAUGAUGGAACUCGGGAGUAUGCUGAGUUUCUUCACCUCCCAAGGAAAAGGUUCACCGAUUUUGCUGCCGUGAGGAAGGAGAUUCAAGAUGAGAUUGACAGGGAGACCGGACGCAGCAAGGCCAUUUCUAGUGUUCCCAUUCACCUUAGCAUAUAUUCUCCCGAUGUUGUCAACUUGAGACUGAUUGAUCUUCCAGAGCUUACAAAAGUUGCUGUUGAUGGACAAUCUGAAAGUAUAGUGAAGGGAAUUGAAAACGUGGUCCGGUCCUACAUUGAAAAGCCUAACGACAUCAUUUUGGCAAUUUCACCUGUGAAAAAAGAUCUUGCUUCCUCAGAUGCAAUUAAAAUUUCCCGUGAAGUUUAUCCAUCUGGGGAGAGAACAUUUGGUGUCUUGACAAAGAUUGAUCUUGUGGACUACGGGACCAAUGCAGUGGAAAUUCUGGAAGAGAGAUCUUUUAAACUCAAAGAUCCAGUUUGAUUUUGUAACAAGAUGCUACAUCUGUUACUAUGAUUUUCUGUUUCCGUUGAUGUUAUAUCCAGUUCAAUAACUUGGUUUAUCCAGCCAGUAAACCUAUCGAGUGUGAUCGUUGCUGAUCCACCUUAUGUAGUACGUGAUUCCCUUAAUGGGGAAAAUAUUAUA